AAAGUACGUAUACACUAUACGCUACGACUACCAUGUCUACGGCAUCCUGUAGCCCUCUCUCUGUUGUUUUUCUGCUCCAUAUUGCAGUCGAGAUUCCUCUUGCAAUCCGGGGCAUAUGGUCGCCUGCCACGCUGCCUUUUCUGCAGCUCACGAACACCACCGUGGUCCUUCUCAAGUUGUAUGCGUCGUUGGCUCUGGCGUCGUGCGUAGUCGCGCUACUGUGUUUCCCGUUGCCAGAAUUUCUUCCAGGAAAACGAGCUCUGGCAAUAGGUCUAUGUGUAUAUCACUCUUCGGCUUCCACCGUCCUUUACUACGCUCCUCGUUUCAUUCCCUACUCGUUCGGACCUUUCUUCGAGCAGUAUCGCAUCACCCCAGAAACUGUGUGGGGAACAAUCCAUGGUCUGGUUGGUCUUGGAAUGGUCGUGUGGUGGCAGUUGACCCUUCCCUACGUUCAAGUGGGCCAGAACCGCUAGACGCAGCUGUGCAACUGUCAUUUUAACGAAUGCAUCUGUUCUAAUGUAGAGUAUAAUGUACACGAAAGCACAAUAGCAAUAUAUAAAAAAGUCAGGAUAUACACGG